AUGAAUGAGGUCACGCGGUCCCGAGUCGCUGUCAUCGGCUUAGGCGUCGCUGGCAUCACAUCGAUCAAGAAUCUGGUUGAGCAGGGUUUUGUCAACGUCACAGGGUUCGAGCGGAACGGUCAUAUAGGAGGACUAUGGCAGUAUCACGACGAUCCCACGCAGACGACGGCAUUGAAGACUACCAGGACCAAUGGUAGUAAGCAUUAUUCUGCUUUUCAGGACUUUCCAUGGCCAGACGACGCCCCUCACUACCCCUCGGCGGAUCAAGUUGCCGACUACAUCAGGUCGUACGCAAAGCAUUUUGAACUGGAGCAGUACUUUCGUCUAAGCACCACAGUGCUCAGUUUGUCCCCUGCGGACCGUUCUGGCUCUAUACAUGAUGAAGAUGAUGAUGCCGCAAGGGCAAGCUCGAGUAGAGGAGAUUCGCCAUGUCGAUGGGAGUUGAAGUAUCGAGAUGGGUCAGGGGAACACGAGGAGAUAUUCGACAAGGUUCUGGUGACGAAUGGACCGUGGGGCAAAGCUUGGGUGCCUUUUCUUCCUGGCCAGGAAUCCUUCAAGGGCAAGAUCAUCCAUGCUCAGGCUUACAAAGGACCUGAGCUGUACAAGGGCAAGAAAGUGAUCGUUGCUGGUUUAGGCAAUUCGGGCGCAGACAUAGCCGUAUCACUCGUUGGGCGGCAUCAGAAGUAUACAUCUCGCAUAGAUCAGGAGCACGAGUGGUGUCUCCGGCGGUUCCAAGGUCGCCAAUCGAGACCAGUCGAUCAUCAGAUCACCCGUUCGAGAUGGAUAGCCGGCGCUAGACUCAAUGAGCUGUUCCCUUCCUUCAUGACUUGGCUUGGCUCUAAAGCCACGGAAAUCCUGUUCAAAAAGACGAAUCCGAAAUACAGGGACGAAUGGGGUUUCUUCCCCGCUCCUCCAUUAUCGGCUGUACCGCCCGCUAUUCAGGACGAUCUGAUAGACUGCAUGGCAGACGGCAAGAUCCAUAACUUGUUUGGAAUCAAGCGUUUUACACCCUCUGGCGUGAUCACCCCUAGUACGCGGGACGGAACGGAGCAACUCGAGACGAAUGGUGACGUGAUCAUCUUGGCGACUGGUUAUUCCGCCGACUUGUCCUGGUGUCAUGAUGAAGCCAGUCCAUUCCUUGACAAUGCGCCCGAAUGGGAUGCUCUCACUGACGAGGAUCACAAGGUACCAUACCCUUCUCUCUACAUGAACUUGUUCUCGCCCAAAUCGCCUGAAUCCCUAGCGUUCAUCGGGCCUUGUCGUGGAUUCGCCCCAAUCGAAUUCACAAACUUUGACCUAUCUUCCCAGGCCAUCGGACAAGUCUGGAAAGGUGCGUUUCCCCUGCCAACGCUGAAAGAGCGUAUCGAGUGGUGCGAUGACAAUUAUCGUGCAAAUGUCUUGGCGGGGAAGAGGUAUCGUAACGUUCGUCCUACCAUGCCACCACUCAAACUGGAACGUUGGCUCAACGACGUCAUUGGCAAUGAGGUCAACGAAAGAUUUGGAUGGGGAAUACAAGCUUGGAGAUUCUGGUGGAAGGAGCGAAAACUGUAUCAGUUGAUCAUGAACGGCAUCAAUACGCCGUUCGUGUAUAGACUAUGGGACGGUAGAGAAGGGUCCAGGAAGAAAUGGGCUGGGGCGAGGAGGGCGAUAUAUCACGCAAAUGGUUUAGAGUUGGACGAAAAGAUCUGA